AUGUUUCCCGUCGCGGUGGGCGCAAAGGCUCCUCCGCCAAUCGACUCCAUCGAGACGAGGCAGUGGAUCAAUGGACGAUACGUUGAGGCCUCGUCGGACGAUACUAUCCAGCUGUACAACCCGACCACCGAGGAGCCGUUGCUGAGGCUGCGGCCAUCUUCGCAGCAAGACGUCGACGUGGCCGUACAGGCCGCGCUGGCGGCGCAACCACACUGGGAGUCGCUGGGUUCUCUGGCGUGGGCCGCCCUCUUCCGCAAGCUGGCCGGGUUGAUCCGUCGCGAUGCGGCCGCAUUGGUCGCACUCGAAUCGCUGAGCCAGGGCAAGCCAAACACUGCGCCGGAUGCGAUCCGAACGGCGGGCUACCUUGACAUGAUCAGUUCUCAGGCUUUCGUCUGCCAUGGCGAGAGCACUAUCACCACCCCUGGCCAGCUCGGCAUCACGAUCAACGUACCCUUUGGCGUGACGGCGGCGAUAGUGCCUUGGAACACGCCGCUGUUGCUCUCGUUUGUCAAGAUUGCACCAGCGCUGCUGGCCGGCAAUACCAUGAUCCUCAAGCCCUCGGAGCGCUCGCCGCUCAGCCUCAUUGCUGUUGCGUCGCUCUUCAAAGAGGCCGGCUUCCCCGAUGGCGUCUUCAACGUGGUCAAUGGCGGGGCCGACGUCGGGCAGAUGAUCUGCCGGCAUCCGCUGAUCCGUCGUCUCUCGUUUACGGGGUGCAUCCGCACCGGAAAGCUCGUCUCGGCGGCCGCGGCGCAGAGCAACCUCAAGGCGGUGACGCUCGAGCUCGGGGGCAAGAACCCAAGCAUCGUCUUCGACGAUGCCGACGUAGGUGAGGCUGUGCGCGCUACCGAGUUCAGCAUGGUCUACAACUGUGCCCAGGUCUGUAUGGCCAACUCGCGGAUUUACGUCCAGAGAGGCGUGUCCCAGCGGUUCAUCGCGGCCUUCACCGAGAGGUAUACCGCCCGUAUUCCGGCCGAUCCCUUCUCCGAGCCGACGCCGCCCAUGGGACCUGUCGUCGAUCGGCGGGCGUACGAAACCAUCCAAGGGUACAUCCAAGAGGCGCGAAGGAGCGGAGCGACGAUCGUCGAUGCUGGCCCCUCAUCGCUCGACCACACUCGAGGCAAAGGCUUUUUCGUGCGGCCGACGGUCAUCCUCGACCUGCCACGGGACAGCGCGGCGGCCAAGGACGAGAUAUUCGGGCCCGUGGUCUCGAUUACGACGUUUGAGGACGACGACGAGGUGCUGGAUAUGGCCAACGACUCCGAGUACGGGUUGUACGCCUCCGUGUUCACGAGGGAUCUGUCGAGGGCGAUGCGGUUCGCGCGGAGGCUCGAGGCCGGCACCGUCGCCGUCAACCAGACGAGCCCGACGAUCCUCCUCGACCUUCCCUUUGGCGGCAUGAAGCAGUCCGGAAACGGGUACGAGUUUGGCGCGCAGGCCAUCCGGGAUUGGACGCAUCAGAAGGGCCUGUUGAUCAGGACGGGGUAG